AUGUCUACUGCCGCUGCCCAUCAUAACGCUGCAAAAUCUGUUGCUCAUGUACCUCAGGCGUCCCGACGGUACAGGAACUCAUACAAUGGAUUCGUGUACAAUAUCCAUACGUGGCUGUAUGACCUUUCCGUGUUUCUUUUUAAUAUUCUGUUCACUAUUUUCUUUAGAGAAAUUAAGGUACGUGGUGCGUACAAUGUUCCUGAAGUUGGUGUGCCCACUAUCCUCGUGUGUGCCCCUCACGCAAAUCAGUUUAUCGACCCGGCCUUAGUAAUGGUCCAAACCCGUUUGCUUAAAACGUCAGCUGGGGAGUCCCGGUCUAGAAUGCCCUGCUUUAUCACUGCUGAGUCUAGUUUUAAGAAAAGAUUUAUCUCUCUGUUCGGUCACGCUUUGGGUGGUAUCCCUGUGCCUAGACCCCAAGAUAACCUCAAAUCAGUAGAUGAAAACCUCGAAAUCUACGCUCCAGACUUGAAGAACCACCCGGAAAUCAUAAAGGGCCGUUCUAGGAACCCACAGACGACUCCGGUGAACUUCACAAAAAGGUUUUCGGCAAAGUCUUUACUUGGGCUACCCAACUACUUGAGUAAUGCUCAAAUUAAGGAGAUUCCAGAUGACGAAACGAUAAUCUUGUCUUCUUCAUUCAAAACGUCCAAGUCAAAGGUGGUGGAGCUCUUAACCAACGGUACUAAUUUCAAAUAUGCUGAGAAAAUAGACAACACGGAAACUUUCCAGAGUGUUUUCGACCACUUGCAUACAAAGGGCUGUGUGGGCAUUUUCCCUGAAGGCGGAUCUCAUGACCGUCCUUCGUUGCUGCCUAUUAAGGCAGGUGUGGCCAUUAUGGCUCUCGGCACAGUAGCCGCCGAUCCCAAUAUGAAAGUGGCCGUUGUACCCUGUGGACUGCACUAUUUCCAUCGAAACAAGUUUAGAUCUAGAGCUGUGUUAGAAUACGGCGAACCGAUCGUUGUAGAUGGUAAAUAUGGUGAGAUGUACAAGGAUUCCCCGCGCGAGACUGUUUCCAAAUUGUUGAAGAAGAUUACAAAUUCCUUGUUUUCUGUCACCGAAAAUGCCCCAGACUACGACACUUUAAUGGUCAUCCAAGCUGCAAGAAGAUUAUAUCAACCGCUAAAGGUUAAGUUGCCUCUACCCGCUAUUGUAGAAAUCAACAGGAGACUACUUUUUGGCUAUUCCAAAUUUAAGGACGACCCAAGAAUCAUUCAUUUGAAAGAACUUGUAUAUGAUUACAACAAAAAAUUGGAUUCUGUUGGUUUGAAAGACCAUCAAGUGAUGCAAUUAAAAACUACCAAAUUGGAAGCUUUGAGAUGUUUUGUAAUCCUCGUCACUCGAUUGGUUAAACUUAUCGUUUUUGCUAUACUAUCGCUUCCAGGGUCCAUUCUCUUCACACCGAUUUUCAUUAUUUGUCAUGUAUAUUCUGAAAAGAAGGCAAAAGAGGGUCUGAAGAAAUCGUUGGUUAAGAUCAAAGGAACAGAUUUGUUAGCCACAUGGAAGCUUAUCGUGGCGCUGAUAUUGGCUCCCAUUUUAUAUGUUACCUAUUCAGUUUUACUGAUUUUUUUGGCAGAGAAGCAACAUUAUUACCGUGUUUGGGUUCCUUCCAAUAAUUUAUUUUUGCAAUUCGUCUAUUUCUAUUCUAUAUUGGUUUUCACAACCUACUCCUCUUUGAAAACAGGCGAAAUUGGCGUGGAUCUUUUCAAAUCUUUAAGACCGCUUUUCGUUUCCAUUGUAUAUCCAGGUAAAAAAAUCGAAGAGAUUCAAGCCACAAGAAAGAAUUUGAGUCUGGAAUUGACUGCUGUUUGCAAUGAUUUAGGACCAUUGGUCUUUCCUGAUUACGAAAAAUUGGCCACUGAAAUUUUCUCGAAGAGAGAGGAUUAUGACGUUUCUUCUGAUACAGAGUCGUCUAUAAGCCGUAUGGGUGCUCAACCCAGAAGUCGUUCAUCUUCUAUACAUUCGAUUGGCUCACAAGCUUCUAAUGCACUAUCAAGAGUGAACUCAAGAGGCUCAUUGACUGAUAUCCCAAUCUUUUCUGAUGCAAGGCAAGGACAUUGGAAAAGCGAGGGAGAAACUAGUGAGGAAGAAGACGAAUUUGAUGAGAAAAACAAAGCGACUGCUGAAAUUGCACAAAGAUCUGAUUUGAACAAGGAAAACGGUCGCGAUAUGGACAUAUCCUCGAAGAUUGCUUCACUAGUAAGACAGAAAAGAGAACACGAAAAGAAGGAAUAA